AGCUGACUGGGAACAGUGACGCUAGGGUUUUGCAGUGGUGGAGAAGGCCAUACGUCAGAGGCAUAAUGGCGGAGGCUGGUUGAAGAGGACAGGCACUCAGCAAAGCUGCGCUGUUACCAAUUUCUUCGCCCUCAGAAGAGGUCCGCAGUGCCUGAAAAUGGCCUGCAAUUCUUACGCGGAAAUUGAAAACGACAACGAAAGCCUUAAGUUCAGUGGGAUUUCAUCCGAGGGCUGCAACUCUCAGAAGCAAUUGUUGUCAGAUAGUAUCUCGGCCACAUCCAAGCAAAAUGGCGAACAAGCUGUAUGUGAAGACGAGCAAAUGUCUGAACAAGAUGCGUCUGAGCGGCGGAAGAUCGGUAUGAUGGAUUUGAAAACCAGCAGUACUUCACCGUCGACACUUCAGAGACCUGCUGAAGAGUUGCUAAGAAGAAAUUUUCAGAUUCCACGGAAGAUCAAGGAAAGGAAAGGUUUGUUCCAGAACCUUUCCCCAGAAUCUCGUGAGUUUGAUGAACUUGUGAAGCUUCUCUCCUCUUUCUACCUGGAGCCUAACUCGCGGGGGACCUUCACAUACACCAAAGCCCGUCUCAUUCACAACGAGCUUCUUGAAAAAGAAUUCAUUGAGAAAAAGAGGGAGCUCAAGCAGCAUGGCCGCACAGAUGCAGAGCUGGAGGAGUCGUAUGGCUUCUUGCUACCGGACAAAGACAAGGUCCAGGCCAUCUGUGAGAAAGGCCUGUCUGUGGGCCACUCCCGCGUUAGCAUGCUGGGCAGUCCUGCUAAAGGUGUGUAUCUAUCAAGGUACUCUGAUCUAUUGCAAGUCAAUACAUUUGAACCCGGAACAACUGGAGAAAUCAUAGUGUUCAAAAUUAUGAAGGGUAAAUUAAAAACCAUAUAUGAAAACACACCAAAGAACGCGGUGGACCCUACGCAGAAGUUCGACUGUCACGUGUUCAAGAAUGCAAGCAAAGUGGCGUCCCUCUACUCCUACCGGGCGUUUGAACACACUCAGCAAUACCUGUUUGAGUUUGCCUAUGAAGAGCUGAAGACCCGGCCCAGACACGUGUGCCCUUACGCUGUGCUGUCCUUCCAGUACAGAGGCAAAGAAACAGUUGCCUCUCUAAACAGGCUCAACAGCCCCAUGAGUGAUGGAAACCGAGUGAGGCGCAGGUACACAGUCUGGAGUGGGACCCUGGUGAACGAGGGAGAGGAGCUUUUCCAGAUUAGCGUCCGAUCUUCCAACCUCCCCCUUCUGCCCUUCCGACUACCUGAUAAACUGGACGUCAGCACAGCGAUGCACUUGGAUGCAUUCAAGAGGAGGAUACCAGCGUUGCUAUCGUGGGACACUUUCUACGGCAAGCGGGAAGUGUUAAAGUAUGGCAUGUACUGCAGUUUGUUUGAAGUGGUGAGCAAGAGCAAACCUGGCAACCAAAAUCUAGCUGGACUGCUACAGAAGCUUGAGAAGGACAAAAUAGUGCUUGUGAAGCCUCUUAUGGACAAAGGAUUUCUCUUCCUGCUUUCAUCCGCCCAAAUGCAAAUAUCAAAUGAGAGGAAGAGUCGAAUGGAAAAAGGUUUACAGGCCCUCUUUAUCUUUCAAGACCCUAGACUGGGCCCAGACCCCAGACUGACAAAAUUCUCAACCACAUGCACGGCUCCCCCUCCCCGCGACCCGAGUGACGGGGUGGUUCUGCGUCGGCUGGAGCCCUUUCUGCCGGCCCUCCACCAUGCGCUGCUGCGCCUGCGCUCGCAUCCGCCCAAGGACCUGGGGGCGGCCGUGGAGCGCCAAGCGAUGGACUACCUGGGCCAGCAGCGAAGGGGCCGCUGCCCGUCGACCGCCUUCCGGCUGCCCGAGUACCGCCAGCACCUGGACGAGCGGCCCGGAUACCCCUCGGGGCCCCGGCCGCGCUUCAGCGGCGAGGCCCUGCGCGCCUACCUCCACGCGCCGGCCUCCUACCAGCUGGCCGCCGCCAAGGCCCACGGCCUGCUCAGCGGAGAGGGCCUGGAGCAGCGCCGACCGCAACGCCCUCCGCCUGCCGUGGCUACCGCAGUCCGGCCCUCGGACUGGGGGAGUCAGGAAAGGCCGGCCUCUGCAUCAGGGGCCCGAGUGACGCAGGCCAAUGGGGGGAGCCAGAGAGCUCCCCAACGCCCAGGGGGAGGGGGAGGGGGGCAGUACGACAAGGACAAGAUGGAGAAGCUGCUGCAGCUGAUCCACAUGCACAAACGGACGCUGCAUGGGGGGAGGGAGGACGAUGACGAGGGCUGGGACGCCGCCGGACUCAAAAGGAGGUUAGAGGACGAAGGGGGAGCGCAGGCCAGCAAGUACCUGAGGACGAGCCUGCUGAGCAACGGCGAGCCUGGGAGAGUGCCUGGUAGUGAGGAGGGCGGCUCUGAGGAAAGCGCCUGGCCCAGCCGCACCCAUGGUUACCCCAUCACAUUCCUCCUCCCAAUGUCUCUGGUGCUAUUUUUCUGCCCCACCGGCAGUUCUGACCCCACACCAUCCUGCCCCUAUUGCCCCAGCGCACGUGGCUCCCCUGCAGUCUCCACUACUGCACGCCGCUGCUGCUUCUACUCCUCCUCCUGCUGUUGCCCCUGCAAGCUCUUUUACCCCACCAGCCAAAGCCCCGCAGCUUCGGUUGCCCGCUGGCAAAGACCUCAAGAAAGCCUCGCAUGGGCACCGUCAAAGACCCCCACAAGCCCCUCGCCGCUGCCACGGAGAAAGCCGAGAAGACGGCGGACGUCAAGCCAAUGGUCUCGGCCCCUCGCGCCGGAACUUCCUGUCUCCCUCUCCCUCGGCGGUCAGUCAGCCGCAGCAGGCACCACCCCCUUCCUCAGAUCCUGCCCCUGUCCCCCCGCCGCCACAGCCAAUCCCAGUGACAGCACAAGCGCGGCAAACAGCCUGAUCAGUCAGAUCAAGCCGGACGUGUUCCUCAGCCUGGUGCAGAUGGUGCAGAGGAACACGCUCAAGUUCUACAUCCACGUGACUGAGGACGACAGCGAGACUCAGCUCUGCACAGAGAUUAAGGAAUACUUGAAGAGCUUCGGCAACGUGGAGUGCAAUCCACAGAGUUUCCUGGAGAACAACAACAGCCUUGACAAGUUUCUUGUCAUCAUUCAAAAUGAGGAUAUAGCUAUGCAUGUUCACAAGAUCCCUGCAUUGGUGUGUUUGAAGAAGUUACCAUCUGUGAGUUUUGCCGGCGUGGACAGUCUGGACGACGUGAAGAACCGCACCUAUAAUGAGCUGUUUGUGUCCGGCGGCCUUAUCGUGUCUGAUGAAUUAAUCCUCAACUCAGACUUGAUGACACUCGAUAAACUGCAGAGGUUGCUGAAGUUUCUAGAGGAGCAGAGUUCCAUCUGGCAGUGGAAGGUGCAUUGCAAGACCCAGAAGAAGCUCAAAGAGCUCAGCAGGUUAAACAGUGAUACGAUGAGCAUGUUAAACCUGCUAACAACGUAUCAGAAGAAGCACUUGGUAGACUUUCUACCCUAUCAUGAAUGUGAUGCUCCCACAAAGACCGCCCCUGAUGUGGACUGCCUCGUCAAGCUGCAGGCCCAUCACACACAACACAGACACAUCAUCUUCCUCACUGAGAGAAAGCUGGAGAUGCUCCCACACUUCUCCAGGCAUGGGAUCCUUGUCGCCAGCAUGGAAGACAUCCUGGACAACUUCACAAGCAUCAUCAGCUUCAGUCCACCCAAGAUGGAGCCGCCCGCACCCACGGCCCCACCAGAAGCCGAAAAGGAAGACGUGCAUGAUGAAUGUGUAGAGGAGGAGGACAUGUCCUUGGACUCAGAUGACGAGACGAUGGGUAUCAGUGAGACGGCCGCGCCCCUCCCGAGCAAUGGCCUGCAGCAGCAGCAGCAUCAGCAGCAGCAGCAGCCGCCAUCGUCAAUCCACCCCCCUCCGCCACAGAUGCUGGAGUUCCGGCCACCCCUGCCAGAGAUGCCCCCCCUCCCGGACGCCAUGGCCCAGAACAGCCCCAUGUCCUACGGUAGCGGCAAGAUGGACUUUGCCCCCGCCACCGCCCCCUUCCCCACUGGACCUGAGCUGGGGGACACCCUGGCGGUGAGUUUUGGGGUGAACCCUCACCAGAGCUACUUGUGUCCAGCGCCGUCACAGUGGAGCCCCUUCUCCAGUGCCACUGGCUACCCGCUUCCCUCACAGCCCCCUUCCGUGUUGCCCCCCGCGUUACCGGGACAACCCUUCCCCCAACAGUCCCCGAUGCCAAACCUCAAGCAGUCUCCGGCCGUCGGCUCGGAUGAGAUGGCCUCCGGGGAGGUGCCUCUGGGACUUCCCCAGCCACUGCCCGAUGGCGAGGCCCAGAUGGGGGUUCCGGCGACGGGUGCGGUGACCCCGCACGCCGCGGGCAACGCUCAGGAUGAACAGGGCAAAGUCAUGGAGCCGAUGGCGCUCCCGUACCCCGACCAUGCUGUCGGCCCUCCGAUGGGCAUGGGGUACGGCUGGGGGGGCCAGAUGGGGGCGAUGCAGCACAGUUACGGAGGCGGCCCGCCGCUUGGUUCGGUCGGCAGUGCAGACACAGCGGAGCUGGCGGAGACGAGCGCUCCGCCGCCACAGGGACUGUCCCAGGCGGACACUCUGUGGCAGGCCGGCGGUGCGUGUGAAAUGCCUGAUGGCCUCACGCCGGGGGUACUGCACCGAACCCUCCCCCCUGUGCCCGCGCCUCCACCUCCCCCCGGCAUCGCCAUCCCACCCCCUGCGUCGGGCCCCCCGCCCAGCCCCUUCCAACACGCCGGAGUGCUGGGUGGCCCGCCAGCCACGGAGAAGAGCUGCGGCACGCCGGGCAGCUCCACGCCCAGCAGUCAGGGCAGCCGGACACCAGUGAGCUCGGGCCCCGACAGCCACCCCACACCGGGGCCUCCGGCCAGCAGGGGGGGCUCCAUGCCUCGCACCCUCCUGCCCAUACCCGGAGCUGGCGACGUGGGCCAUGCGCACGGCCGGGGAGGCGUGACGGGGCCUACGCCUCUUCCGCCGCCGCCUCCUCGCCACGCCAACCACAGCAGCCCCGGCGGGUACAACGGCAGAGGGGCAAUGACUGUUCCGCCACCGAUGGACAUGCACGGCGGCUUCAGAGCCAGGGGUGUACCGCCCAUGCCCAUGCGCUCCAGACCCGGGCGAGGACACAUGAGGGGGGGGCCGCCUCCAUGGGGUCCCCCUCUGAGGGGUGCACCACCCCCACCUCCACCUCCGGACUAUUACUCAGAUUACACGUACCCCUAAAUCACCGCAUGGCGACGGGAUAGCCUCAACAGACUACUGGCAGAGAGAAUGUACAUAUUUGACUUUUGAGAGCACAUUUGGAUUUCACAGAAGGAGGCAGACUAAGAAAAAGGAACCUUGGUCUUUGUAGGAGUUCAGAGGCCUGAAGUCCUGCUGUAAUCAAACCUGCUCUUCCUAAACAAGGACUUUUGGGGGAAAUAAACAGACCUUGUUCAGACCACUAUAUUUAUAUUUGCCAAGAAAUGUAACAGCCUUUCAAUGUUUCAUUUUGUUGCUUCUUUUUGUUCCAAUUUUUCAACAAAUAGAAAAAAAGGAAAAAAAACGGUUUGUGAACAAGGAAUAAAAUCAGACAAUAUUUUUUUAAAAAAAUAAGUGAAAUGUGGAUCACUCGUUUUAGCAUUCUUCUUUUUUUUUACAUUCUUGGUUGUAAAAAUGUCUAUUAAAAACAAGGUUGUAUCAAAAUGUAUGACUUGGUGUCAUCUGGUUCAUAUCACUCUGAUUUUGGACAUUUAUCUGACAGAGGCACCUUGAAGUGGCUGGUAUUUUGAGAGUGGCCAGUAGGGGGCACUGUUCUCCUUUGGACUUAACCAAGGAGUAAAUUCUAAUGCAAUCCGCUGGCGGUACAGCCUCCUGUUGACUUGCUGAUAAAGACUAUAAUUUCACUAGCUUGUCAUCUAGCAUGGUAUAGGGUCCUAAAUUCUAAAGAAUUUCAUUUAAAUUUUAGCAUUUUCGGAGCAUCACUUCAACUUGCUAGCUGGAGGCAACAGAUUUGUUGUCUCUGUGUGUUGAAAGAGAACUUGAAUUUUGCAUUAUUGAUGCAACCGCAACCAGAAACUCGCCGUGCAUCUCUGAAAUGCAUUUUUAUUCUCUACCUCAGAAGGGCAGUUUUGAGUGUUUCUGUGGUUCUCACCCCAAAUGAGAAGCCAAUAAACCAUGAGUGAUGGGCUAUUAUAAAUCAUGUUUCAGCUGAAGACCAGUUUUAUGGUCAUCUGCCACAUAAAAUAUUGAUUUGUCAGUUUAAACCCAGCCAAUGCCCCGUUUGUUUCAGUGUGACCGCCUCUGGCGCAUCUGUUCUUUGAUAUGCAUUGCAAAUGACGUUACCACACAGGCGACGUUGCGCAACCUGUAAAUCAUCAGGAAUUGCAGAUGCAGGAAUGGCAGCUUCCUGACUUCCCUUGUGUUGAUCAUACACAUCGCUACACUCUCACAGCUAAAACGAGCCAGAGGGCUAUGACAAAGGUCAUGAUGUACAUUAUUUAUUAAAAUCACUCUUUCAAGGUAAACCUGGAGAUCGAUCAGUAAGAUGAGUCCGGCUGUGGCUGGCAUUUGUGGUAACUGAUCCAUUGCAUCAACAGCGUUUGUACAAUUUUCUUGAUAAGGGUCAGCAUCAUGAACAAUCACAGCUUCAAUCCCUGUUCUACUAAAUAAAGGUCAUCUGUAAUGUUUGAUUUACUUGAAACACCAUUAUCUGGGAACUGCAUGAAAAGUCAGGCCAAAGGGCUGUGAAGAUGAAAGGCAUGUAGGCCCCCUUGUCCUGCACUGUUUGUUUAUUUAACAACACUCGCUGGGACAAUUACUAAACCUAUCUGAAUAUGGAGCACAGGAAUGAUCAGUACAUAGUGCAUUGGGUAAAGCACUUCCCAAAAGAGGACAAUUGUAAUCCUGUAUUUUUGUAUUGAUAGAGAUUAUCUUUCCUAAAGUGUGUUACUCUAUUGUGAGGGAGUUGUGGGUGCUGCUUUGAAGCCUUUCAUUAUAGUCAUAAAAAUGAUAAAUACUGAGGAAAAGGGACCUCAUGGUUUUAUUCGGGUAUAUGCGUUCUCGACAUUCUAAAAUGUGUGGUUAGAUCACUUUCCUGCUGUCCUUAUAUUUUCCUCAUUUGAAUGGAUUGACAAAGAUUAAGGGAUUAAGAACAUGUUGAACAAUUGUAAAAAAAAAGCACCUUGUUUAUCCUGAGGAUAAUCUGCUAAAACCUGACCUUUGUUCAUCUCUCCUAUUUAAUGUAGCCUUCAUUAGGGUAGGGGGACAAAAAGGAAAGCAUACUCUUAACGCAGAUGGCCGAGGUCAGACGGAGAGCUUCCGCAGGUCCAUGCUGGCUUACACGGCUUCAUGUUAGUUGGAAAAGAUGCCACAUAUGCUUUUUACCAUUGGCAGGGCUCCAAACUGCUCAAAUGCCUGUGCACACACUUAGAUCCUUUUAAAAUGGUGUAUGCAUGAGAUAUAUCCUCCUAAAAGGCAUAACAGUAAAAUGUUGACAAGCAACUAGCACUCACCUUGAAAGCUUUAUGAAGGUGAGGCAGUUUGGAGUCAUUGAAGUUUCCAUUAAGCUAAGUCAGUUCAGCAUUUUUCAAAAGCUUCAAUGUGCCAUAAUCAUUGUUAAAUAAUUGAGGGGCUGUCAUUUUGGUUCCCUUCUGUCUUAUGAUAGUCACAGCACAAUUAUGUUUUUGGCAAGCAGCCUAGAUGAGUUGUUCCCCAAAUUCAGCUGAUACAGAAUGGAUAGUCAGUUCACUUCACAGGCUGGGAGAUGCUUGUCACUCAAGCAUACAAUUAUACAUAUUAAGAAUGAUAUGUAAAUGAAUAAUCUGAAUCACAUUCAUUGAGUGAAUACGUUUCUGUGGAAAUGACCUAGUUCUUUGUUAGUUCACACACAGAAAGAGAAUAAGCAUAGUAAGCAAAAUGUCCCUUUUUUAAUUCAUGUUUGGAGAAUUAGGCUACUGUGGAUUAAUUCUUUGCUCCAGUGGCGUGGUGUGGCACUGCGGUGGGGUCUCAUGUUUUGAUGCUUUAAUCCUCUGCAGCAGAAGAAGGAGAGGAAAUGAACAUGACUUUAGGCAUUGCAUGGGGAAAUAAAACAUUGUUUUGCUUUCUUGUUUUCUUUUUUCACUUUCAUCCCCCAUCUUUGAUCUUGUUUGAACAACUUUCAUUCUCUUUUUACACAGGAAUGUCCAUGUUGAGCUGUGCUAUGGCUGAGCAGCACACCUUGCCUGGUUGACUUUGCCAUGCACAGUAUAGAUUAAGUACUAACGCUGGAUAUAGUACUUAUUUUGAUUGAUCUACCACAGGAUGUGAUGAAAUCCUAGCUGUCCAUAUAAUCAAAUAUAUCUCCCUCUGUAGUAGUGCAUGAUCAUUUAAUGUUGUUGUAUUCUGUAUAGAAGCCUCUCUUAUAUAAGGGUUUAAUCUUGACUCAUCAUCUAGAUUAAGUGAAAUUCAUAUAGCACAAGACAGUGUCUUUAGAAGCUUAACAUUAGGAGACCUUUCUCUCUUUCUUUCUUUCUUUCUUUCUUUCUUUCUUUCUUUCCUUCAUUCUUUUCUUCUUUCUUCCACACCAUUCUGUGCUUUCUGGGAAAAUGUAGGAGCCUCUGCUAUGAAGCCCACCAUGCUCCAAUACAGGAUGCUUGAACCAUAGGCGUUCUGCAUGGCAACUGAGUGUUAAUAAAUAUUUUUUAUUUUUUUCCACGUCUGUCCCUGAAACCUUAAUCUCAAGUGAAGGGUAUUUGCUCGCCCCACCUACGGUUCUCCGGAUCCUUUUGUCCUGAGUGUGCCUGGAGUCGGUGGCAGAGUGCCAUCCUGGGAUUUUUUGUCGCUUUGCAUUUCUGUGAUGUUCUCCUACUCGAAUUCUUUCAAAGUGGCCUGUGUGAUUAAAGCCAACACAGCCUCUGCA